AUGCAAGUGGAUCAAGCUCUUUAUCUACAAACAAGCCAUGCAAACCAGGAGGCGAUUCUGACUGAACAUCAAUUAGGAAACACUUGUUCGAGAAGAUUAAUGAAUAACAUUAGAAAAUCACUCAGUUCCAACCACAGAGAUGAUCUUCAACAAUUUUUUGCAGAUGCAAUAAAAAAUGAGUGGCUGUUGGUUCUUGUAAUUGAUGAUUAUACAACUAUUCAUACCAUUCGACGGCCAACACAAACCAAAUGCUCCCAAGCCAACAAUAUGUGCACAAUCAUUGUGAAAGCAUUUAAAGAGAUACCUGCUAUCAGACGCCCAAAUGACAUAACACUAUUACAUGAUCCAAACGGAAUGAACAUAGAAGCAUUAUUGGCAACAAUCACAUCUCCAGUCCAAAUGUCUAUGCUAGGCAACAGUUAUGCAGCAACACUUUCCAGCUGGAUAACAGAUGACUUUUUCAAUCCAGAAUCACAGUUGGACAGACUCAGGGAUCACCAAUAUUGUGAAGGCCACUCGGUUCGUGACAUGCGGAAGAUGGAUAACGUCCACUUGGUUAAUUUUGUCGAGCUGACCCUAAAAGGAAAAAAUGCAUUUGAAACAGCAUAUGAUAUAGCUAUGGCAACUGACUUGAAAUCCUAUGCAAUGAAGUUUGUUGUUAUCCAACCUGGUGAUUGGCCAUGUCAAUUUUACUGCAGGCAGGUGGUGUACCAGCAAACCUAUAACGUGCAAAAGAAGAAAACCUUCAAAACAGCAGAGAGAAAGGCAAAUCCUCUCUCUGCAAAACCUAUUCCAUCAAUCAACAUACCUGAUCAUAAAUACUGCUUCAAUAUCCCACACUCCCCAACUGUUGCUGAACAAUAA